AUUGGAGAACAGAGAAAACUACAGGGGCAGAGAAAAUGAUCAGCAGCUUAUGAAAUUUCCAUUAAUUAAAGGAAUGGGUACAUUUGAUCUUUUUUUAUUCUUUUGCCCAUCUGCUUUCUUGCUUUAUAGCCUCUAAAUUGUUUCAGAUUAUCAUUUGCUUUUAGGCGCUGAUUUCCCUACUCGCUGUUGCUGUGUUGUCCAUUUCUGCUCUGUUCGGCUCUGAGCUUUGGGAUGAGUUAAAGCUCCUUUAUGUCGCUGAAAAAAGGAUUGUGCUAUCUUACAAGCAGUCCUGACCAAGACCCCCGCCCCCCAUCUAGACCCAGUCAUUCAACAUUUCCAUAGGGUCCACCUCCCUAAUGGGUUUUUCGAAUUAGCUAAAAAUAUGAUCCUCAGGAUCUUUUUCUUCAGAUAUCCCAGAAUAAAAUACUGCAAAAUGGCUUUUUUCCAAAAACAGGGCACAGGAAGUUGCUCUUUUCCUCUGAUUAUGACCUAAUCCGUAGUAGCUGACGUCUGUGUGAAUAUGUUGUGUUUAUUGUGAUUAUAGAAAUUGAUGCAUCGGGGUGGAAUGUGUUUUGGCAUUUUGAAGCUUUGAGCCGUGGAUGUUGCUUUUUUUGCAUGUUUGCACGUAAUGUCUGUUGCUUUUGGCUUUAACCUCGGUAGAGAAUAACAGUACUGCUGCCGAGACUGCACCCAGCUGAGAUUUGGUUCCUCUGUUUUGCUUCUUUUCAGAAAUGCCUCAAAGGCAGAUUAAAGAACCUGAGCAUAAGCGUGUAGCCUCCAGGAAUAAGCCUAUUCAGAAUAACAUGACUCAGCAGCCAUCAUCCCAAUUCUCACACGAUAUCAAAGAUAAAUUGGAAGAUGCAAAAAAGAGCAGUAGUGACAUGGGGAGGAGAAAGGCAAGGAGACGAGCUAAGGGAACCAAAGCGGGGAGGCUGCAGGACACAAAGCUUGAGUUUUUACAAAUGGGUUGCCCCGCUUCAAGCAAAAACAAUCUUUUGUUCCACCGCAGGCCUGGCUAUGGCCAGUUAGGGACCAAAUGUAUUGUUAAAGCCAACCAUUUCCUCGCAGAAGUACCUAUGUCAGACUUGAGUCAGUAUAGUGUCACCAUAAAUCCUGAAGUCAAUUCUCGUAAGUUGAACAAAUCUAUCAUGACCCAGUUGGUGAAACUUCAUAGAGAGACUGAUUUGGGGAUGAGGCUUCCAGUUUAUGAUGGAAAAAGAACCCUUUACACUGCUGGAUUGUUGCCUUUUACAUCGAAAGAGUUUACCAUAACUUUAGUGGAUGAAGAUGAGCUUAUGGGCAUCCCAAGGGAAAGAGAAUAUAAAGUGAGAAUCAGGUUCAUUGCGAUAGCUAGUAUGUGCCAAUUGCGUGAGCUUCUAGCUGGGAAGCAAGUUGACACCCCUCAAGAAGCACUUAAGGUCAUUGAUAUUGUGUUGAGGGAACUUGCAGCCCAAAGGUAUAUUUCUGUUGGGAGAUUCUUCUACUCUCCAAAUUUUAGAAGGCCACAGCCGCUUGGGGGGGGCCUACAGUCGUGGCGUGGCUUCUACCAAAGUAUAAGGCCUACACAGAUGGGAUUAUCACUGAAUAUUGAUAUGUCAACAACAGCAUUCAUCGAACCACUCCCAGUUAUGGAGUUUGUAGCCCAAAUUUUGGGUAAAGAUAUUUGUUCAAGGCCAUUGUCAGAUGCAGAUCGUGUUAAGGUUAAGAGAGCCCUUCGGGGUGUCAAAGUUGAAGUUACACACAGAGGAAAUGUGCGGAGAAAAUAUCGGAUUUCUGGGUUGACAUCGCAGCCCACUAGGGAACUAAUUUUCCCAGUUGAUGAGAAAAUGAACAUGAAAUCAGUUGUUGAGUACUUUCAAGAAAUGUAUGGAUUCACCAUUCAGCAUUCCCACCUACCUUGUCUCCAAGUGGGAAACCAAAGAAAGGUGAACUAUUUACCAAUGGAGGCUUGCAAGAUAGUCGAGGGACAGAGAUACACCAAGGGGCUAAAUGAAAAGCAGAUAACUUCAUUGCUGAAAGUUACAUGCCAAAGACCCCAUGAACAAGAAACAGAUAUUUUGCAGACUAUUAACCAGAAUGGAUAUGCACAAGAUCCUUAUGCAAAGGAGUUUAGCAUCAGCAUAGAUGACAGGCUUGCAUCAGUUCAGGCUCGAGUUCUUCCAGCCCCCUGGCUGAAAUACCAUGAUACUGGAAAAGAAAAAGUAUAUUUGCCUGAAGUCGGUCAGUGGAAUAUGAUGAACAAGAAAGUCAUAAACGGAAGCACUGUAACCUAUUGGGCUUGUAUUAACUUCUCACGAAGUGUCCAAGAGAGUACCGUUCGUGGUUUUUGCCAUCAAUUGAUCCAGAUGUGCCAAGUCACUGGCAUGGAGUUCAACCACGAACCUGUAAUUCCAAUUUAUUCAGCUCGACCAGAUCAGGUAAAGAAGGCCUUGAAGCAUGUAUAUAAUACUGCUGCAAACAAACUUGAAGGGAAAGAUUUGGAGUUACUCAUUGCCAUUCUCCCGGACAACAAUGGCUCGUUGUAUGGUGAUCUGAAAAGAAUUUGUGAAACGGAUCUGGGGUUGAUUUCUCAGUGCUGCCUUACAAAAUAUGUCACCAAGACUAGCAGACGGUACCUUGCAAAUGUGGCACUUAAGAUCAAUGUCAAGAUGGGAGGAAGGAAUACUGUGCUUUUGGAUGCUUUAAGUUGGAGAAUUCCUUUGGUUAGUGAUAUUCCAACGAUUAUAUUUGGAGCUGAUGUAACCCAUCCGGAGUCAAUAGAGGACUCUAGUCCAUCAAUUGCUGCUGUUGUAGCCUCCCAAGACUGGCCGGAGGUCACAAAGUAUGCUGGGCUGGUGUGUGCUCAAGCUCAUCGCCAAGAGCUUAUUCAAGAUUUGUUCAAAACUUGGCAAGAUCCUAAGCAGGGUACCAUGACAGGAGGAAUGAUCAGGGAACUCUUGCUCUCAUUUAAGAAGGCCACCGGACAAAAACCACUGAGGAUAAUAUUUUACAGAGAUGGUGUGAGUGAAGGGCAGUUCUACCAGGUUUUAUUAUAUGAACUUGAUGCCAUUCGUAAGGCUUGUGCAUCACUGGAGGCAAGUUAUCAACCUCCAGUAACAUUUGUUGUGGUUCAAAAGCGACAUCACACGAGACUCUUCGCAGUCGACCACAAUGAUAGAAGUAGUAUGGACAAGAGCGGGAAUAUCUUACCAGGUACCGUUGUUGACUCUAAGAUAUGUCAUCCAACAGAGUUUGAUUUUUAUCUUUGCAGCCAUGCAGGAAUUCAGGGUACCAGUCGACCUGCUCAUUAUCAUGUUCUCUGGGACGAGAACAAUUUUAGAGCCGAUGAGAUCCAAUCUUUGACAAACAACCUCUGUUACACUUAUGCUCGGUGCACUCGCUCUGUUUCAGUAGUGCCUCCUGCAUAUUAUGCCCAUCUGGCUGCAUACCGAGCUCGAUUCUACAUGGAACCAGAUGUGCAUAAGGAUUCUAAAAUGUGUUGUGCGCAUGGAUCGUGUGUCCGGCCCCUGCCAGCAUUGAAAGAGAAGGUGAAGAAUGUGAUGUUCUACUGCUAGGGGAAAUAGAUUUUGAAAGGAAGAUAAAAAUCACAGGGAAAGAACAUAACAAAAAUAUGGAGAAAAUUGUACAUGGCAGCUGUGUUUAUAUGUAGUGAGAGAAUGAGAAAUGGUGCAUUAGAAAUUUUGUAAAGUGUACCUAGCAUGCUUGUCGAGUGUUUGAUAGGAGUUUGAAAUGUAGAGCACAAAGGCAGGGCUAGCAAACUUUUAACCCAUCAGGUAUGUACAAUUGAUGGAAUUGAUGAGACUCUAAUGCUAACCAUCAGAUGUAUGUAUUUGAUGAAGCUGAUAACUAAUGCUCUUUCAUGGUUCA